AGUUCAGUUGAGUGUGACCAGCGACCAAAACAAAGCAAAAUCAAUAUUCUUAGAAUAACAAAAGGAGAUCAUUAACUGAAUUUUGAGGUUGCUUGAAUUGCUCAAUCUCAUAUAAAAAUUCGGUGUUGUGUCUUUUUGCAGUUAAAUAAAAGAGAGAGUGUGGUCGAAUGAAGAUAGUGAGAGAGACAUGGCCAGAGGGAAGUACCUUUGUUCCUUCAACAACACUACUCUCUUUCUUUGCCUUUUCAACAUUGCCAUUGUUGCUCUCUUCGUUUUUCGCUCUCUUUAUUCUUCUCUUUCUAUCCACUUUGCAGAAGUUUCCAGUGAUGUCGUUGUAUCUUAUAGCCCGGAUCAGAUUCACAAAAUGGAAGAAUCGGUGCAUAUCCGCAUGGCAUAUAAACCGGUUGAGUUAAUUAAUUUGGUGAAGGUUUUAGAAGGGGAAUUUUUGAGAGAGAAUUUGGCGGUUGAGUUACCGCGAUAUUUGAAGCAGAAAAUAGUUGAUGAGAUUUUGCAUACGCUAAGGAGCUUGAAUUCAAGUAGCAUUAAUAUUGCUAAGGAACGAGAAGUUGUUGAAAGUUGGCGCAAGGAAAAACUUAAAGAGGUUAAGUUGGCUCAUGUGAAGGGGACCUCUAACUCAACCAUCCCUGGCGAAGAGGCUGGUCUGCUAGUAAGAGCUUUGGAGUCUGAUUGGGAUCUGCUGUGUGAAGAGGUUGGGCUUUGGAUACCAGCACAAAUAGUUAAUGAAGAACAUGAUGACAAACCUGAGGGUGCAGAGGAGUUUGAUGAGGAGAUUCUUCCUGGCAGACCCCUUCCACCUGAGUGCAAUGCAGAACAUCACACCGAUUAUGACGGUACUGCUGUAAGAUGGGGUCUUACUCACCACAAAGAUAGUGCAGCUGAUUGCUGCCAGGCUUGCUUGGAUCAUGCAAGACAUGCCAAAGAAGGUGUAAUGAAAUGCAAUAUUUGGGUUUAUUGCCCAAAUGAGUUUGGGUGUCAUUCUCCAGACAUCUAUGAACACAAACAUCGGGAAUGCUGGCUGAAAUAUGAUGAGAAACCUCAACUAAAUUUUAAAGACAAGUAUCCUGAAUCAUAUCGAAAUUCAUACCCAUCAGCACCAGUGGUUGUUCCAUGGGUCUCUGGAGUUGUCAGUUCAUGAGUUAAGUAACCAACAACGAAGGUAACAACAAAGGUAAUAGGCCAUGAUCAACCCAACCAGAGCUUCGAGCGUGUCAGGCACAUCCAUUCUCAUGAUUGGUGGUUAUACAUUCUAUUCUUCAACGUGCAGAUUUACAUUGACGGGGCAUUUCUCAUUAAUACUUUUAAAUUACCGUUAUUUUUCAAACACGGAUAUAUUAAAGAUAGGUCUUUCUUUACUUUGUUGCAUCUUGCACUCUAUUUAUUA